AUGGCAUUAGUGCCGCAACGCACACUCUCGUUCCUCGCGUGUCUUGCACUGGUUUCCAGUGUGCUGGUCACCUGCACGACAUCGCAGACGUACGCGUUCACGCACCAGGACGACGAACUCCACACGGCGCCAACGGGUGCAACGACUGGGAGCUAUGUCAAUGGGUCUGGAUACCACGUCACGUCUACUAGCGAGUCCGAAGACGUUUUGACAAUUCACCUUUCGUUGAACCCCACCUCCGUCCGCACGCCUUACGGCGCAGACUUGUCAGCUUUGGUGGUCACAGUAACUAAGUCAGACAGCGACAGUGUCCGUGUGAAGAUCGUCGACAAGAAGAGCAAGCGCUGGGAGGUACCCACGAGUCUGUUUACGAGCGGUUCGCUGGGGGAAACCCCCGCGACCAGAAGAGUGACUCGGGCAGACCCAUUGUACACGUUCCGCUACACGCACAACCCGUUCACAUUUACGGUCGUGCGCAAGUCGGACGGCUCGAAGCUCUUCGACUCGUCCGGUGUCUCUCUCGUCGUGAAGGAUCAGUACCUGCAGGUGGCGACAAAGCUGAGCACUGACCUCAGUGUCUAUGGCGUUGGAGAGAGCACGCGCGACCACUUCAAGAUGGCCCCAGGCGACAAACAGACGCUGUGGGCUCGAGACCAGCCGUCGAACGCGGCCAAAGUCAACACGUACGGGUCCCACCCGUUUUUCCUCGGCCUCAAUCGCGCUGGCCAAGCGCAUGGGGUCUUGUUGCUCAAUAGCAACGGCAUGGACGUCACUAUGGACAGCAAACACCUCGUGUACCAGACCAUCGGCGGUGUGCUCGACUUCCACAUCGUCGUGGGACCUACGCCCGCGCAGGUCGUGGCGCAGUAUACAAAGCUCAUUGGACGGCCGAAGCUCAUGCCGUACUGGUCGUACGGCUUCCACCAGUGUCGAUGGGGCUACGGCUCGAUCGAUGCACUACGGACGGUCGUGCUCGAGUAUGCCCGCAACGAGCUCCCGCUCGACGUGAUCUGGUCCGACAUCGACUACAUGAACAAGUACCACGACUUCACGCUGGACCCGACCAACUUCGCGCAAGCCGAGAUGGCUGCGUUCCUGGACGAAGUCCACGCGAAGGGACAGAAGUUCGUGCCGAUCAUUGACCCCGGGAUCCCCGACGACACUGCUGACGAUGCGUACACAAGGGGCUUGGCCAUGGACGUUUUCAUCAAGGACACGAAUGGUGAGCCGUAUUUGGGGCAGGUCUGGCCAGGGCCGACCGUGUUCCCCGACUUCUUCCACCCGCGAGCCAAGUCGUUCUGGCGCGAGCAGAUCCAGUUGAUGCACAACCGCUUUGCCUUUGACGGUCUGUGGAUCGACAUGAACGAACUGGCCAACUUUUGCCCUGGCACAACCUGUGUGCGGCAAGCCGAUGUCACGUGCCCCAACACGACUGACCUCACGAUGUGCUGCCUGAGCUGCUCGAACGACGGCAACAAGUACGACAACCCGCCCUUCAGUAUUAACAAUGCCAACAGCCAGGAAGUGAUUCACAAGAAGAGCAUCUCGACCAGUGCCCUGCACUACGGCAACGUGCGUCAAUACGACGCGCACAAUUUGUACGGCAUGACGGAAUCUAUCGCAACGAACAGUAUCCAGGAAGAGCUGACGAACAAACGGUCGUUUGUGCUCUCUCGAUCGACGUUCCCCGGCAGCGGUGUCCACGUUGCGCACUGGACUGGCGACAAUGCUGCGACUUGGAACGAUCUUCGCUGGUCCAUUGUCACCGUGUUGAACUUCGGACUCUUUGGUAUUCCAAUGGUCGGGGCAGACAUCUGUGGCUUCUUUGGUGUCUCGACCAUGGAGCUAUGUGCACGCUGGACGGCGCUAGGCUCGUUCUACCCCUUUGCUCGCAACCACAACAACAUUGAGGCACCUCCGCAAGAGACCUACGUCUGGCCUGAGGUGACCAAAGUGGGGCAGAAAUUCAUCGGCAUGCGAUACCGACUCCUGCCGUAUAUCUACACGCUCGGGUACCACGCACACGCACACGGGUUGCCAAUUGCUCGUCCGUUGUUCAUGGAAUUUCCAACCGACAUGGCCACGCACGACAUUGACCAUCAGUUCAUGCUUGGCAACGCAUUGCUGGUCACGCCCGUGGUGACUCAAGGAGCUACGUCCGUGACCGGGUACUUCCCACGUGGCACCUGGUUCGACGUGUUCGACUAUUCCCAGAUCACGAGCUCGGGCGAACUCAUCACGACGGCGGUGACUCUGUACGACAUGCCAGUGCACAUUCGAGGUGGAUCCAUCCUAGCAAUGCACCAGUCGGCGCUCACGUCAGCAGCAGCGCGUCUCACACCCUUUGACAUUGUCAUUGCGCUGGACUCGAGCGGAAGUGCUAGCGGCGACUUGUACGUGGACGAUGGAGAGACGAUACGCAAUCCAGACGCUACGAUCGUCAAGUUCGUUGCAUCCGCCGGUACGUUCACAUCCACUGUCGUGCGAGACAACUACGUCUGUGCUGGCUCAAGUUAUAUCGACAAAGUCACGGUGCUUGGCGUGCCGUCGUCACCUUCAAAGGUGUCCCUCGGCUCCAUCCACAAGUACGACUCGAAGACGCAGCGGCUGGAGAUCCACCUCUCGAGCGUCAAGCAGGCGAUCGACUCGGACUUUAGGAUCACAUGGAGGUAA